CUUCUUUAAGCAACCGCGGUUCGCGUGCACAUUUGGUUGCUUGUAACGCGAUCACCAUGCCGCUUGCUCGUGAUUUGUUACAUCCGUCUUUUCGAGAAGAGAAACGAAAGUGCAAGUUAAAACGUUUGGUCCCCUCACCAAAUUCCUUUUUCAUGGAUGUUAAGUGUUCAGGCUGUUUGAAAAUCCAGGUCAUUUUCAGUCAUGCACAGACAGCUGUAGUUUGUCCUGGAUGUGACCGAAUUCUAUGUCAGCCUACUGGUGGUAGAGCACGGCUAGCUGAUGGAUGCAGUUAUCGCAAAAAGAAAUGAGUUUUUUGUAAAUUCCAAUUGUUAUAAUAAACUUAUGGAAACAAUCUAUUUUAAGUUGUUACUAUUACUGUUGCAGAUCUAUCCUGAGCCAGUUACGAUAAAACGAACUGUAUAUCAAUGUUAGUGGCGUGAUACAUCAUUCAUGUUCAUUUAGCAAGUUCUUAAGGCUGGUAAUGUCGAGCUACAAAUUGGUACCGUUUUUUAUCGCGCCUCACAUCAUGUAAACAGGUGUCCUAAGUUAGUCAGUAACAACGUAGAACUUCUUAAGUCAAGAGGCGAUACGCUCCUCUGUGUAUCUAAUGAGUAUUUAAUGUCCAAAAAUAUCAGUUGUUUGUAAGUCUUAUCAAACGUCUGUCUCUAGAUUUCAACCUCAAAUACAGUUUGAUUUUGAUGUCUGUAGUUAUGUGUUUCUUUGGUACGUGGUUUAUCUGUUUCUUUCUUCCGGUUGUUACCCCGCUUUCCUG